AUGAUGGAGGAGAAUGCUAAUGUUGCUAACGAAGAGGAGCUGCAUGCUAGCGCAGCUCCGGGGACAGAUUCUGAUAUCCGUGUUGCACUACGCGAAGUGGUACAUGAAGUGACUUCAAAUGUAACGAAACUUAUGGAGGAGAAGUUGGCGCCCGUGUUAGAGCUAUUGAAGAAGCACGGCGGCACUCUGAAUGACCAUGAGGCGCGGCUGGCUGAAACGGAGCUGAGGAUUGGAGCCCUGGAGGAUGCGGCAGACCCGAUCCAAACCAAGAUCGGAGACUUGGAAAAGACUGUGGACUUUUUAGUUGAACGUGUUGACGAGUUAGAGAACAGGGGGCGGAGGAUGAAUAUCCGAAUACUGGGGGUCCCUGAAGACGUGGAAGGGACUGAUCCGACGCGCUUUUUCGAGCACUGGCUCCCGGAGUGUGAUGAGAAGGAACAAGACGAACCCAGCAACAAAUAA